AUGAACAGACCAAAACUCUUGAACCUCAUCAAGCGUCCGAAAAUGUCUACCGACGAAGUUAGAACACUCACCAACUAUGUGGCAUACCUGGAGCCGAACAGGGGCCCUCGAAUCGGCCAUCUCGACUUCGAUGGCGCGACUAUAACCCCUCUGUCCUUCAAGUCGGGGACUCCUUUGUCGAAUCUCUAUCAAGUGAUUGUGGUCGGCGAACAGGGGAUCACAGCAUCCGGCGAGCAGCCUUUACCUCUUUCCAGCGUGAAACACCUGCCCCCGAUUUCGGGCCGCGAUGUGCUUGCAGUCGGGAAAAACUAUGUUGAGCAUGCUCGCGAGUUCAAUUCCUCGGGCUAUGAUGCCAGUGACAAGAUUGACCAACCGACACACCCUGUCAUCUUCACUAAGCGUGCCACUUCCAUAAUUGGUCCCGAAGACCCGAUUCUGCUGCACUCGGACUUCACGAGUACGGCCGACUAUGAGGGAGAGAUCGGUGUCAUCUUGGGCAAGCCAGGUUUCCAAAUCACAGAGGAGAACGCAUUGGAUCAUGUGUGGGGUUAUACCAUCAUCAACGAUAUGACUGCACGAGAGCGCCAGCGUGACCACAAGCAAUUUUUCCUCGGCAAAUCACCCGAUACCUUUUGUCCGAUUGGUCCUGUUGCCGUGCCAAAGGAAAGUCUCCCGCAGGACCUGACGAUUCAGACCUUCGUCAAUGAAGAAAAGCGUCAGGAGGCCAACCUGAGUGACCUGAUCUUCAGUGUGCCGAAUCUUAUUGCCACCAUCAGUGCCGGUCAGACUUUGCAAGUCGGCGACGUUAUAGCCACCGGUACCCCUGCAGGUGUGGGAUUCGGGUUCAGACCUAUGAAGUUCCUGAAGACCGGAGACGAGAUCAGCAUCUCCGUGACAGGACUUGGAACUUUGAAAAACCGCGUUGCUGCCAUCGACGCAGCCAACACCACCAUUGAGCGCGCACAAUCACACAUUCCCAUUUCCAAUCUCAAGGCGCCCGCUGGCUCGGGAUUGACAAACGUGAACGGCAAGAACCUCUUCUAUCAACGACUGGGCCUCGAAAAUGGGCCUCCGGUCUUCUUCAUUCACGGACUGGGCGGCUCAACAACUUAUUUCCAUCCCCUUGUGACAAAGCUGCAGUCGACACAUUCAUUGCAUCUUCUAGAUCUGGAAGGACAUGGUCUUUCCCCAACAUCAGCACUCAGCACCCUCUCCAUUGCCUCUUUCGCUAAAGACUUUUACCAAAUGUCCAAGGUGGCUGGGGUUCGUGAGGGCGUGACCGUGGUCGCUCACUCAAUGGGCUGUCUCGUGGCUCUGAAGCUUGCCCUGGCACAUACUGAACUUGUGUCCAAGCUCAUCCUCAUGGGUCCUCCCCCGAGCCCACUUCCAGAAGCAGGCAGCCAAGGCUCCUAUGCUCGAGCGGCCCUUGUGCGGAAGCAAGGAAUGUUGGCGGUUGUAGAUGCAGUCACGCAGGCUGGAACUUCGGCCUAUGUCCAACAGAAUAAACCAUUAAGUGUUGCUGCUGUUCGCACUUCGCUUCUCAGUCAAGAUGCUGAGGGAUAUGCCAAGGCAUGUACGGCACUUGCUGGAUCUGCUGCUGAGACCUUGGAUCUCAAGCUUCUCCGCAUUCCUGUUUCUUUUGUGACGGGCGAAGAGGAUAAGGUCAGCCCGCCAGCCUUGUGCCAAAAGUACUCUGAGAUGUCGGGAAGUGGACAUGUUGAGAUACUCAAGGAUGUGGGGCAUUGGCAUCUGUUUGAAGAUGUUGAUCGAACUGUGAAUGCAGUUCUGGCGCAGAUGUAA